AUGGGCGUCUCCGUCAUCGAAGAACAGCAUAAGAUCAUUCUCGAGACCGUUAAGAAUAUUACUAGGGGCGAUUGGAAAGUCCUGAUACUCGAUGAGCAGUCGAAGAAAGUCAUCGACAACGUCCUCAAGGAAGAUGACAUCCUCAACCAGAAUAUCGCCAAUAUUGAGCGGAUCGAGGAGAGGAGGGAGAUGAAUCCUACCAUGGAUGCUAUCUAUAUCCUGACUCCCCAGCCGCAUGUUGUUGACUGUCUCCUGGCCGACUUAGACAGGCGAAGGUACAGGAGCGCAUAUCUGGUCUGGACUGCGCUGCUGGACCCUGAACUUCGCCGCCGCCUCGACUCCUCCCCGCAUACCAAACAGCAGAUAGCAGGCUUCGAAACCUUGAAUAUCGACUUCUUCCCCCGUGAAUCUCAUCUAAUAACGUUUCGAGACCCGUGGAGCUUCCCAAUAUUGUACCACCCUGCCUGCAAUCAUCUUGUUCGCGAACACAUGCAAGCGCUGGCGCAAAAGAUCACUGGCAUCUGCGUCUCCCUGGGUGAAUAUCCCAAGGUUCGGUAUUACCGGCCCAAGAAUCCCACCCAUGAGGCCAGUGUUUUAUGCUCCCAUCUGGCUCGCUUCGUCCAGGAGGAGCUGGAUGAGUACGGCCGAUGGAACCCAAACUUCCCUACUCCAACACCGAGGCCUCAAGGUGUUCUUGUUAUCACGGACAGGUCUAUGGACCUCAUGGCACCUCUCCUACACGAGUUCACAUACCAGGCAAUGGCACAUGAUCUUUUGAAGAUUAAGGAAGGCGAUAAAAUCACUUAUCAUAUGACCAUCAACGAGGGCACCGCGAGUGCCGAGGACAAGGACAUGGAGCUUCAAGAGAAGGAUAAGGUCUGGGUGGACAACCGCCACCGCCACAUGAAAGACACGAUUGAGAAGUUAAUGGGCGACUUCCGAAAGUUCCUCGACCAGAAUCCGAAUUUUACAGAUGAGAACCAGGAUACCACGAGUCUGAACGCCAUCAAGGACAUGUUGGCAGGCUUGCCGCAGUUCCAGGAGAUGAAGGACGCCUAUUCGCUACACUUGACCAUGGCUCAGGAGUGUAUGAAUGUUUUCCAGAAGCAAGGAUUGCCAGAUAUUGCCUCCAUUGAACAGACGCUGGCAACUGGCUUGGACGAGGAUUUCAAGAAGGCAAAGAACGUCUUGGAACAGGUUGUUCGGCUUUUGGAUGACGAGGGGGUUAGCUCGUCGGACAGGUUACGGCUGAUCAUGGUUUACAUGAUAUACCGGGGUGGCGUCAUUUUGGAGGACAUCAAGAGGCUUCUAGCUCAUGCCUCGCUGCCUCCUUCCGAUGCCGAGGUCGUCACCAACCUAGAGUUACUCGGAGCGCGUCCGAUCCGGGAGCUCAAAGACCCCCGUGUCCCGCCAGUCCCUCUCUUUCCCCAAAAUGCAACCAACGCGGCGCAAAACGAAGAGUAUGCGCUCUCCCGGUUCCAGCCAGCCUUGAAGUACAUGCUCGACGAUCUCAGCCGCGGCGCGCUUGAUCAGGUCAUGUUCCCAUACGUCAAACCGCCAAUGGAUCCCAACGAGGACGCGCUCUCCGCGCAGGUCUCCCUCCGCGCUGCAGCCCCUCGAUGGGCCGGUGCCGGCCGUCGCCAGGUCGAGAACCGGCAGCGCAUAAUCGUCUUCAUGGCCGGCGGCGCCACCUACAGCGAGGCCCGUUCCUGCUACGAGAUCUCGGCCAGCAAGGGCAAGGAUGUCUUCCUCGCCACGAGCCACAUGCUGGCGCCGCAGCUCUUCCUGCGCCAGGUCGGCGACCUCUCCGUCGACAGGAGACGGUUAGACCUGCCCAUGGAGCGCGCGAAGCAGAAGGCCCCGGCCCACCUCUUCGAGCGCCCGGCUCCCCCGCCCAUGGCGAGCGCGCCCGCGCCCGGUCCCGCGCCCGGCGCACCAGGCAUGGGAAUGGUCCCGGGCGGGCAGAGACCUCAUCGCGUCCCUCCCCCAGGCGGCGCUAUAGGCAUCCCGGGCGGGCCGAGGCCCCCGACCAAAGCAAUGGGAAGCAUGACCCUUAGCAGCGGGUCGUCGCGGCCCCUAAACGGCGGCGGCGGCGGCGGCGGGCCGUCCGAGUCGAUGUCCCCCUCCCCCGCCGGCGAGUCUAGACCGGCGAAACUCGAGAAGGAUAGGGAACAUAAGAAGAAGCGGAACAUCUUCGGCAUGAAGAAGUAG